CCUCUGACGGGCGGCUGCGGGAGCCGGAGCCUCUCGGAGCCGGGACCGGGACCGGCGCCGGGACCGGCACCGGACGGGGCCCGGGCCCGGACUCUGGGCCGCCCCGCGCCAUGGGCAAGGACCAGGAGCUGGUGCAGGCGGUGAAGACGGAGGACGUGGGCGCCGUGCAGAAGCUGCUGCAGAGGCCCAGGCCGGGCAAAGCCAAGCUCCUGGGCUCCACCAAGAGAGUGAAUGUCAACUUCCAAGACACUGACGGGUUCUCAGCCCUCCACCACGCCGCCCUCAAUGGCAACACGGAGCUCAUCGGGCUGCUCUUGGAGGCUCAGGCCGCCGUGGACAUCAAAGAUAACAAAGGUAUGCGGCCUCUGCACUACGCCGCCUGGCAGGGAAAGAAGGACCCCAUGAAGCUGGUGCUGAAGGCAGGCUCAGCCGUCAACAUCCCGUCCGACGAGGGACACAUCCCCCUACACCUGGCAGCCCAGCACGGCCACUACGAUGUGUCGGAGAUGCUGCUUCAGCAUCAGUCCAACCCUUGUAUUGUGGACAACUCCGGAAAGACCCCGCUGGACUUGGCCUGUGAGUUUGGCCGGGUUGGGGUGGUGCAGCUGUUGCUAAGCAGCAACAUGUGCGCAGCCCUGCUGGAGCCCAAGGCUGGGGACUCGGCCGAUCCCAACGGGACCAGCCCCCUGCACCUGGCCGCCAAGAACGGCCACAUCGACAUCAUCAGGCUCCUGCUGCAGGCGGGCAUCGACAUUAACCGGCAGACGAAGGCGGGCACGGCGCUCCACGAGGCCGCUCUCUGCGGGAAGACGGAGGUGGUGCGGCUGUUGCUGGAGAGCGGGAUCAACGCUCACGUGAGGAACACCUACAGCCAGACGGCACUGGACAUCGUCAACCAGUUCACCACCUCCCAGGCCGGCCGCGAGAUCAAACAGCUGCUUCGAGAAGCCUCAGCGGCUCUCCAGGUGCGGGCCGUGAAGGAUUACUGCAACAACUAUGACCUGACCAGCCUCAACGUCAAGGCCGGAGACGUCAUCACUGUUCUAGAGCAGCAUCCGGAUGGCCGCUGGAAGGGCUGUAUCCAUGACAACCGGACCGGCAACGACCGUGUGGGCUACUUCCCGUCCACCCUGGUGGAGGCCAUCAGCAAGCGAACAGGUCCCCGCGGAGCCGACAUGAGCCCUUCCCUCCCGUCCUCAUCCUCGUCCCCAUCCCCGGGCAGCUCGGCCACGGUGCCCGCCCCGGCCCCCUCCGAGGACAUCUGGGUGCUGCGGAAGCCCUUCGCCGGUGGUGACCGCAGCAGCCUGGGCAGUACGGGCAGCGUAGCCAGUGCCCGGAGCUCAGGCAGUGGGCAGAGUGGCGGGAGUGGGGUCCACACUCUGCACCCUGGCUCCGAGGGGGUCAAGCUCCUGGCCACCGUCCUGUCCCAGAAGACUGUCCAGGAGACGGUCAUUGGGGAUGGUCCCACCAAGCCCCCGGAGGGCUCUGCAGGUUCACGGGCUCAGACCACUGGGUUCACGGCGCAGUCCUAUGGUGGAGAGCAGCCAGCUAAGAAGGUGGAAUCUGCUUCAGAGGGGAAGAGCUCCGAGGCCGUCUUCCAGUGGCUGGGCCAAUUCCAGCUCCAGCUCUACGCCCCCAACUUCAUCACUUCGGGCUACGACCUGCCCACCAUCAGCCGGAUGACCCCCGAGGACCUGACAGCCAUCGGGGUCACCAAGCCGGGGCACCGAAAGAAGAUCACGUCGGAGAUCAGCGGCCUGGCUCUCCCCGAGUGGCUGCCCAACCACAAGCCCGCCAACCUGGCGGUGUGGCUGUCCAUGAUUGGCCUGGCGCAGUACUACAAGGUCCUGGUGGACAAUGGCUAUGAGAACAUCGACUUCAUCACCGACAUCACCUGGGAAGACCUGCAGGAGAUUGGCAUCACCAAACUCGGCCACCAGAAGAAGCUCAUGUUGGCGGUGAAGAAGCUGGCCGAGCUGCAGCGGGCCGAGUGCGGCAAGUACGAGGCGGGCACCCUGCGCCGGAGGGCCCCGCCGUCGCCGGACCCCAUGGGCAUCGAGUCCCCGGCCCCGCCGGAGCCCGCCCCCGCCGACUGCCAGUCGCCCAAGAUGGUCACCUUCCAGGACAGCGAGCUGAGCGACGAGCUGCAGGCCGCCCUGACGGUGGGCUCGGGCCCGGGCGAGGGCCCCGACGGGGCGGACCGGGCCGCCAGCCCCCCGCCGGCCCACGGGCCCCGGGCCGGCUCCCUGCGGCGGGAGGGCAGCCUGGGCGGCCGGGCGCGCCACAUGAGCAGCUCGCAGGAGCUGCUGGGCGACGGGCCCAAGCCGGCGGGUGGCCCCCUGUCCCGGAGCCAGGAGCACCUGGCCGACGACGGCGGGGGAGCGGCAGGAGGAGGAGGAGCAGGAGGAGGAGCAGGAGCAGGAGCAGGAGGAGGGGGAGGGGGCCCGCCCGUGGGUCCCGCCAAGGACGCCCGGCUCUCGCGGCCCGCCCCGGUCGGGGUCAAGCGGGCCAGCGUGCCCCCGGUGCCCGGCAAACCCCGGCAGUCCUUCCCGCCGGCCGGCGGGGCCUUCACACCUCCGCCCACGCCCAGCAAGCCGAGGCCGGGCUCCCCGCAGGCGGCGGGCGGCGGGCCCCACGGCCCCGCGCCGGCCACGGCCAAGGUCAAGCCCACGCCGCAGCUGCUGCCGGCCCAGGCCGAGCGACCCCUGUCCCCGCGCUCGCUGCCGCAGUCGCCCACCCACCGCGGCUUCGCCUACGUGCUGCCCCAGCCGGCCCCGGAGGGCGAGGCGGGGCCCGGCCCGGUGCCCUCGCCCGGCCCCGGCCCCGGCCCCGGUCCCGGUCCCGGCCCCGGCCCCGUGCCCGUGCUCUGCCUGCCGCCCGCCUCCGGAGGCGACGAGGCCGAGGCCUGGGGCGAGGCCUGGGGGGGCGAGGCGGGGCCCGGGCGGCCCAAGAAGCGGGCCCACAGCCUCAACCGCUACGCGGCGGCGGGCCCCGGGGGAGCGGACGGCCCUCCGGACGGCGGCGAUCUGCUGGGCCCGGCCGCGGGGCCCUACGCCACCGUCCAGCGCCGCGUGGGCCGCAGCCACUCGGUGCGGGCGCCGCCGGGCGCCGACCGGAACGUCAACCGCAGCCAGUCCUUCGCCGUGCGGCCCAAGAAGAAGGGCCCCCCGCCGCCGCCGCCCAAGCGCUCCAGCUCGGCCAUGCCCAGCGCCGGCCCGGCCGACGAGCCCGGGGGCGACGGCCGGGCCGAGGCCGGGGCCGGGACCGGGACCGGGGCCGGGGCCCGGGCGCAGCGAAGGAGGGCCAGCGACCUGGCCGGGGGCAGCGUGGACACGGGCAGCGCGGGCAGCGUCAAGAGCAUCGCGGCCAUGCUGGAGCUGUCGUCCAUCGGCGGCGGGGCCCGGGCGGCCCGCCGGCCCCUGGGCGGGGGCGGGGGUCAGCCCCCCGACGGCCGCCCGCCGCCCCCCGCCGGCCCCGACCCCGCCCGGGCGGCCGCCGCCCUGGCCGCCGGCAGGCACAAGGACGCCAUCGGCCCCGACGGCGAGGUGGUCAACCGGCGGCGCACCCUCAGCGGCCCGGUCACCGGGCUCCUGGCGGCCGCCUCCCGCCGCGGGGAGCCGGGGGCCCGGGGGCCCGAGGCCCCGGCGUCGGGGGGCGGCCCCUCGCCCGAAGAGGGCAGGCCAAGGGCCCGGGGCCCGGCGGGCGAGGCGGGCCCGGCCCCGCGGCCCGGGGAGCUGGGCCGGGUGGAGGCCAGCGCCACGCUCAAAAGGCGGAUCCGGGCCAAGCAGGGCCAGCAGGACAGCGUCAAGUUCAUCCUCACCGAAUCGGACACCGUCAAGCGGCGGCCCAAGGCCAGGGACCGCGACCCCGACGGGCCCGACCCGCCCGCCCUCUCCGUCUACCACAACGGCCCCGGGGCCGGGCCUCCCCGACGGCGCCUGGCCUCCGACACCGACGGCGGCCCCGCCGACCUGCCCCCGCCCCCGCCCCCCGCCGACCUCGAGGCCUCGCCCCCGCCCCCCCCGCCCGACGGCGACGCCAAGAAGCCGGCCAAGCCCCCCGUCUCCCCCAAGCCCGUGCUGGCCCCGCCGGCCCCCUGCACGCUGGGCUCGCCCACCCCCGCCUCCAAGAAGGUGCCGCUCCCCAGCCCCGGCAGCCCAGAGGUGAAGCGCGCCCACGGGACGCCCCCACCGGUGUCCCCCAAGCCAGCCCCGCCCCCCACGGCCCCCAAGCCGGUCAAACCCCACGCGGUCCUCCAAUCCGUCAGCACCACCCCGACGCCCAGCCCGUCCCCGGCCCGGCAACCGGUGCCGGCCAUCAAGCCGGCCAGCACCCCGCCCUCCCUCUGUGCCAGCCCUGCCAAGCCCCUGUCGCCCGGGGGCCUCCCGCAGCAGGUGCCCACGAAGCCGCCCCGCGCCUCCGUGGCCGGGCCUUCGGCCGAAGGCGGCCCCAGCGAUAGCGUCCAACAGAAGCUGGAGGAGACCAGCGCGUCCCUGGCCGCUGCCCUGCAGGCUGUAGAGGAGAAGAUCAAGCAGGAGGAUGGACAGGCGGCCGAUGCCGCGGCCGGAACCAAGAGCGCGGGCAGCAUCCUGGACGACAUAGGCAGCAUGUUCGACGUCCUGGCCGACCAGCUGGACGCUAUGUUGGAGUGAGUGCAGCGUGGGAGCCCGCGACCUCAGGACCGCGCGCGGACCUCACCCUGCCGCCCCGUCUCCCUCCCUCCCUCCCUCCCACGUCUCCGUCGUCUCCCCCGUCUCCCGCACGGCCCGGUCCACCCCGCCCCGCUCCCCGGCCACGUGCAAGAAGAUGAUUUAUCUCAGGAGGACACCUGGCCUCCGGGGUUGGGGGGAGUGCGGGGCGACCCACGGCUCCCACGAACACGUGGCCCCGCGGGGAGCGAGGCCCGAGUCAACGGGCCCACCUGAGGGUCUCCCGGCCCAGCGUCCGGGAGCAGCUCCGCCGACCUCCCUCUAGGAGACCCUCGGGCCCAGGGCUGGGGGCCGUGAGGACCUGGGUCCCGGCGUCAGUCUUGCGAUGUCGGGAGGUGGGGUCCCCCUUCCCACUCACCCGCUCCGGGAGCCGGGCCGAGGCCUCGGCGGCGGGGGGGAGAGGGGGCUGCGCCCGGGCCGGGAAUGGGGACCGGGGUCCGACGGAGGCAGGAUUUGGGCGCCGGACCAGGGGGACACUGGAGUCUGAGGGAAGGAGGCCGGCGGGGGCAGCUGGGCCUGGACCCGCAACUGGCACCCACAUCCUCCGGCCCAGCCCCUGCUGCCUGCCUACCCGCCCGGGGCCCCGGAGGGAAGGGGGGUGGGAGUGUGGGGCAAGUGGCGGCCCCCUGC